UAAUGAUGACACUUCUAGCGGCGUUGCCUUACAGGUAGAUACGAGUACAUCGCUAUUAGUUCGGACGACGAUUAUUCACGUAACUACUCUUGAUACAAAAUGUAAGCAUCGCUAUCGUCUUGAAAUCUUUCCUUCUUCAAGAGAUCGUAUUUCUACAACAAUGGAUUUCGAAGAGGUGGAAUUAUACGGAAAUGGCAGCUCCACUUACUACAACGGGACAUACAAUGGCACGUAUGAGAACUGCCCAAACAACAACCUGCCCAUCGUCUACAUUGUCACACAAGUGUUGUACGCUCUCGUCUGCGUCGUGGGUUUGCUCGGGAACACAUUAGUCAUUUAUGUGGUGCUCCGAUACUCCAAAAUGCAAACUGUUACCAAUAUGUACAUAGUCAACCUUGCUAUCGCAGACGAAUGCUUCCUGAUUGGCAUACCGUUCUUGAUCAUCACGAUGUCUCUCCGCUCUUGGCCGUUUGGCCGCUUCAUGUGCAAGGCUUAUAUGAUAUCAACCGGAAUAAAUCAGUUCACCAGCAGUAUAUUCCUUUGCAUAAUGAGUGCAGAUAGAUACAUAGCUGUGUGUCAUCCGAUAGCUGCACCUCAACUGCGGACGCCUUUUGUAUCACGUGUCGUAUCUGCUGCGGCUUGGACAGCCUCUGCUCUCGUUAUGACACCAAUAUUCAUGUACACUACUCUGAUACCAACAGAAAAUGGAUUGUCGUGCAACAUUGUUUGGCCAGAAAAAGAAUCUAGUAAAGGUCAAACCACUUUUACUUUGUAUUCAUUUGCUUUAGGAUUUGCUGUUCCAUUAUGUCUGAUCUUCAUCUUUUAUUGCCUCGUUAUUCGUAAACUGAAGACUGUGGGACCAAAGAAUAAAUCUAAAGAGAAAAAGAGAUCUCAUAGAAAAGUGACCAAGCUCGUGUUGACUGUGAUUGCGGUGUAUGUUUUAUGCUGGUUGCCGUAUUGGGCAUUUCAGGUUUCCUUGAUUUACUCUCCACCUACGGAAUGUGCCAGUCGAAUCACUAUUACCGUUUUCCUCGUGGCAGCCUGCUUCAGCUACAGCAAUUCGGCGAUGAAUCCGAUUCUUUACGCUUUUCUGUCUGAUAACUUCAAGAAGAGUUUCUUGAAGGCGUGUACUUGUGCAGCAGGAAAAGAUGUUAACGCUGCUCUUCACGUAGAGAACAGUGUUAUACCACGGAAACGAGGAGGAGGGGCUGCACGAGCCCAAGCCAGAUCUGCAGCAGAGAAGGGGUUGUCUGCGGCGACUUGUGGAAUUGCUGGAGGGUCACGAUCAGAGGCCUCGACUGCGCUGACGUCACGAUCGAUAGCAGCAAGCGAGGCAGUACCACUCGAGGCUCGUCCAGCAACCCUCGCCCCUCUUAUAGCACCAAAUGGUCUGUCUCAUUCGAGGCUUUGAGUGAAGGCUUCGGGCCAUGAUCGUAAGCCCUCCAGCGUGAUGCUGGAAGAAGACACCCUUAUAGUGUCUAUUGAUUAAGACUGUCUAAGUAUGUAUUAGAUGGUGUGGCUGACAGCUGAGUGAGACACGAGCCCUGUCUUGCUCUGGCUGUCGGAGAUGAUAUAGGAGAGGUAUCAUUGACUAGUAUAUCCAUUUUUAGAUAAACGACGAAUUAUUCCUGGUAUGAAAUUUGCAGUAAUUUGUUUAUUUUUUCUUAUUGUGUACAAAAUUUUUGGAGUGUAUGAUCUAGGGUUGUAACAAUGAAUUUAUUAAAGUAUAAUUUUUUUAUCGCCUAGCGACUGUAAGUUUACUGUUUGUAUACCAGUAAUUAUUCUGUAAAAAUGUACAUAUCGUGUAAAUAUUCAUACAAUUUGUCAUAAUGUGAGAGUUGUAAUAA